AAAAGGGAAAGAGACGAGAGAAAUUAUUUUAACUUAAUACAAAGUUUCUGAACCCCACUUCUGUAUAAAAUUCUUAUAGAUCACAGAAUUUAGCUUCUUCAACCUCAUCUCUGAAAGAGAACAGUACUACUACUACUACUGCUACUCAUCACAAAAGCUUUUGCAAAAGCUGGUUUCGGUGUGCAUAUACAUAUACACAUGGAAAUGAAAUGUAUAACAAAGUGGUGAAAAAGAGACAAAGGAAAGGAGAAAAAAGGACGGUUUUCUAAGAUCCUUUUUUUUGUGGGUUCGUUCGUUUCUUGCAAAGUCAUGAAUAAUAUUAUUUGAGGCGUUUUCUUUUUCUGCUUCCCUUGAGGUUAUAAUUAGUACUUGCUUGCUUACUAUCAGUAGUGAGUGACGACAAAUGAUGGCUAGAAACCCUAGCUGGUGGAACAUGCAUCCACCGUCGAGUACUCUCUUUCCACCACAGUUUCACGUUCUUGCCAACGGAUCUUCUUCAGUUAUCCCUUUGAAUUCUUCUCCUGAUCAUCACCAUGUCGAAGACCCUCCACAGUCAUGGAGCCAGUUACUUUUGAGUGGCAAUUAUACUGGUUUGUCAGGAGAUCAGGAAGAUAAGUUGUUCGGUCAAAAUCAUUUUCAACCCAAGAAGAUGGAGGAUUGGGAAGACCAAAUGAUGUCGAAUAAUACUACGGUUAAUCCACCGCCCAGGCUAAUUCCUCUUCAUAAUAUUGCUGAUGAUCAUGUAAAGGCCGUGAACUCCCAAAAAAGAAAUAACUUGUACGGCCAAGCAGAUCAUGAAGAAAUUAUAUUGCAGCAGGCAAAUAAUAUAAGGUCUUUUAUUAAUUGUGGUUGGUCACAAAUUGUGCCUGCAGUGUCUUCAUCACCUAGGUCUUGUGUCACUAGUAGUGUAGGUAGUACUACUAAUAAUAAUAUGUUGGACUUCUCUUACAACAAGAGCCAAACUACAGGUCAUCACUCCGCCAGCUCAGAGUGUAAUAGCACAGUCACCGGUGGAGCAGUGUGUAAGAAGGCUAGGGUUCAGUCCUCCUCAAGCCAACCACCUCUUAAGGUGAGAAAGGAGAAGCUAGGUGAUAGAAUUACGGCUCUUCACCAACUGGUUUCCCCAUUUGGGAAGACUGACACUGCUUCUGUCUUGUUAGAAGCCAUUGGGUAUAUCAGAUUCCUUCAGAGUCAAAUUGAGGCUCUGAGCUCCCCUUACUUGGGCCAUGCAUCAAAAAACAUAAGGAAUCAACCAUUUGACAUGGAGGGGCAAGAAAAACUAAAAGACCUAAGAAGUAAAGGACUGUGCUUGGUUCCUGUAUCUUGCACUCAGCACGUUGGAAGUGAUAAUGGAGCUGAUUAUUGGGCUCCGGCUAAUUACGGCAGUGGGUUCUGACUUCGAUCGGUAGCUUAAUUAAAAGAAUUAUGAUGUUAAUUUAUGGAUUAAUCGAGCUUUUGUAAAAGUGAUAUAACAUCAUGAGCACUCACUCUGAUA